CGUAUUUUGUGAAAGGUGUUUCCCGGCCAGGGGUUUAUUUGUAGGCGUGAUUUUCCGAAACGCCUACUGGGACUGACGGGCUGUCAGUAAAAUAAUACACUGACUUGUUUGGUUUCGGCGGCUUUAUUUGACAUGUGGAUCAGAGCAGAGUAAUAUGAAGCUAGAAUCGUCUAGUUUAGUGUCGUAAGUACGGAUUUGCUAGUUUAAAUUUUUGAGUACUCUUGAACAAGCGUACUUUCCUGAUAGUUCAUGCGUUUUCUUUGGAGAGUGUAAUCUAUCUCUUGAAGAAUUUAUUGUCAAAACGCAAUGAAGGAUUUAUUUUUUUCCUCUUCUUCCGAUAAUUGAGGAAGGAAGGACGUGUUUUCUGGAGCCCUUUGCUUUAAGUUAACCUGGGAUUCCGAUGGCAAAUCCACAAUCCAAACUGCAACAAAGGCGACAGAUCCCGAAUUGCUACUACGAAGGUUAUCUUGAAAAGAGCUCAGCUAAAGAAAAGGUGUCCCAGCGUCUCUGGGCAUCCCUUUGUGGGAACACCCUGUUUUUCUACAACACCAUCAAGGACGUGGAGUAUGUGGACAGGAUUGACCUUGACGGAUUUAUCUCCCUGCUGGAUGACAACAGCCGAGACCGAAACCUGGGGGCAGCUCGAUUCCAACUGCGUACCAAGGAGGGGGAAUUCAAAAUCACUGUUCCCACUCUGGAAAAUCGUGAACUCUGGAAGGGCUUCAUCCAUGCUGUUGCAGAGCACUCUGUUCCCAGCACCCUAAAUCUGCUCCCAGGGCAAGUACACAUGUUGCAGGAGGUGGUAGAAAAAGAACAGGAGAGACAGAAUACAGCUGCUGUCCAAGACAAUCUCUACCUUUCUCUAGUGGCAGACAUGCCACCGUGUUUCCAUGAAGUCUCCCGGAAGGAGGCCAUGGGUCUUCUGGAGAAGUAUGCGGAUUGUGGAAACAUGCUGCUAAGACCGAGCAAAGACGGCUUCAUGGCCGUCACCACCCGCCAGGACCUGAAUGGGUCGGUGUUCCACCAUUACCGUGUCAUUCGAAGGCCAGAAGGAGGAUUUCUGAUUAAUCUGGAGACCCCAAUUCCCUGUGACAACCUCUAUGAAGUAAUCAAAUGCCUCGAGGAGAAAACCUCUGGAAUCCUACAGCCCUUCAUCCUCAAUAAUAUAUAUAAUGACAACAUCACUUUAGUUCAGCAGAAUGAGGAGAAUGGAGAGAAGAAUCUGAAAUUCAUCACAGGAAGCCCCAGUCUGAAAGCCCCUCCGCCAGGUAGCAACACGAUGCAGGAAUCCCUCCAUCCAGCUUGUGUCCCAGCGGGCCCAUCUAAGACAGCAAAUUCCAAGAAAAAGAAACCCAACCACACGGGCUCUGGCACACGUGCCCCAAUGCUCCUUCCAAAGUUUGUGAAGAAAUUUGUGUCAUCAGUUCAGGACUCACUUCCCAGUAAUUCCAGCAGUGAGGAACAGUCCAGUGGAACUGACCAGCUCCUUGUGACCGUACCCUCAGUGUCCGCGAAAACUGGCAUGCAGAACAAGCAAGCGAUUUCUAAACCACCUUUUGCUAUGGGCUCUUCAAUUGGAGACUUGCCCCUCGCAAAUGCCAAGGAAUCGAAACCCAACCACACGGGCUCUGGCACACGUGCACCAAUCCCCCUUCCAAGAUUUGGGAAGAAAUUUGUGUCACCAGUUCAGGACUCACUUCCCAGUAAUUCCAGCAGUGAGGAACAGUCCAGUGGAACUGACCAGCUCCUUGUGACCGUACCCUCAGUGUCCGCGAAAACUGGCUUGCAGAACAAGCAAGCGAUUUCUAAACCACCUUUUGCUAUGGGCUCUUCAAUUGGAGACUUGCCCCUCGCUUUCUCAGAGGAGCUUAAAAAGAAAGUGGAAGAAAGACAGGAGAACAAGAAGUGAUCUACCCAGCUCUUCGAAGCCAGCGUUUCUGCAAGGAAUCCCCCAGUCUUCCUCGAGAUCCCACGGAAGUGGCUGAAGGACUGCACACCGUGCACUGACAUUGCGUGCCUUUUGAUUUGGUGGGCAUGUGCACGCUGUGCACCAAUACAGACACUCCGAUGUGUGAGGAUCCAUAACCCUCGGCCUCAUAAGGCGCAGAAGCGAUCCAACGGGGUGGAAAGCUCUCCAGUACUGCGCCGAGGAGCGGCGAAGAUUGAUGAGGGAAAUUGAUUCUUGUUGGAAGCAGACCUGCUGGAUGCCUUAAGCGAUGGUAAAUCAGAGUGUAAGUGUCACAUCAGUGCCACAAUCAUUUGUUAACUGAAAUAUUGUACGUAUCUUAGUGUACAGCCACCUGCCGUUUAUCGAAUGACUUCUCCUCAUUUCUCUGGCUUCUUACUCACUCUCAGCAGACGCGCACAGAAUUAACAAUGUAAAUUUCUUGUACAGUUGGAACAUUUUUUUUGCAGUUCAUUAUAUUGAGAAGAAAUUUUGUUUUAUUUAUUAUGCACAAUCCUGGGGAUGUGUAAGACGCGUAAAUCAAACAUGAAUUUUUAUGUAACUCUACAGAUCCCCUUAGAAUGAUCACUUUGUAAUAGUACAUAGUAAAGUGAUGGACCUGAAA